AUGUCGGCCAACAAGAGGAAGAAAAACGAUGAAGACGUUUCGGACGAUUCGGACGUUUCGGACGAUUCGGACGUUUCGGACGAAGAAAGUGAUCGAGUCAAUUGGGAGAUGGAGUAUCUGAAGAAGCUUGAGCAGCUGGCAGAGGCGAACCAUAAGCGGGUGGUAAUGGCUUCGAAGACUAAAAGCCUAGAAUGGCAAUUGAAACGUGCCAACAAUCAACUCCUUGGAUCCAAGUCAAUGCUAAGUGCGAGAGGUGUAAUCGAGUGGCUUGAGGAAAGACAUUAUCGUGAAAUGCCGGAUUCUGUCAGACGGGGUGUUCGACACGACCAAUGGAAAUGGAUUUUCGAUAACAAUCCCACAUUCUACAAUGAAGUUCGCUCUGCCUGGCCUCGAUCCACUGCUCAGCGAGUUGCAAAGAUGGUUGACAAGAUUCUCUCCAAUGCCUGCGCCGAUACACAAUCAUCUGCAUCGGGAGAGGGACUUGACAUCUCACGCCAGGUUUAUUCAACUGAAGAACACAACUUGACUCGUCAUGAAGACCCAGCCAAUUCAUCAAUGGCGUCGAUCUUCUCUGGACUGAUCCCGACAACUGGGUCAAGGGCUAAAAAUGUCAACGAUGAACUCCUUCGAUCCAAGUCAGAGCUAAGUGCGAGAGGUGUUAUCGAGUGGCUUGAAAGAAGACAUUAUCGUGAAAUGCCGGCUUCUGUCAGACGGGGUACUCGAGACGACCGAUGGAAAUGGAUUUUCGAUAACGAUCCCACAUUCUCCGAUGAAGAUAAUCGCUUGGCCUUACUCCAAAGGAUGUCCUUUUCUAAUGGUCCGAAUGGACUGCCACCAGGUGGGGGUACCGGUGGUGGUAGAUCUGGGAACAACUUCCAUAUUCCGACUUCACGAGAAAGCUGCAAUUCGCCUGGGCCUUUGCAGGGAAUCGCUUCUCCGCAGACGCAAAAGAGCAUGGCUCGCGUUCAAGGAAGCGCUCCUGCGGUUGCCGUUGCCAAUCCCACGACUGGUUCUUCCACACAAAGUGUGGCACCUGUGACAGCAGUUGGACCAACGGAUUCGCUGGAUUGUAGUGCAGAGGGUUUUAUCUGCCUU